AUGAGUUUCGGAGCCCCCGGAGGUGGUUCGGUCAAUUACAAGCCUACCCCGCCUGAACGCGGUAGCUUUCCUCUUGACCACGAAGGUGAGUUCGAGUUCGUUCGCAGUGCCACAUCCUCUACGACCCGCCAAUUAGUCCCCUACACGUCGUCCCACCACACCGAAGACGGAUCGUCGCUAAUAUACCACUCGAUUGAUAUAGGAGAAUGCAAGCAUAUCAUCUCCGGAUAUUUGAAAUGCAUCAAAUCCAAUCGGGGCACCAAUGACGAGGCAUGCCGGAAGUUGGCUAAGGAAUACCUCACCUGCCGGAUGGAUAAUUGCGAUAAUUUGGUGGCUCGCUGGUCGAAUGCAAUGCUGACAAUGGGGUUCUUUUCUCGCAGGAAUUUGAUGGCGCCGGACAACUUCGAGAAUCUCGGGCUGAUCUUCAAGGAAGAUCAAAAGAAGGGCAGCGUCCCAGAAAUGCAAUCAGCACAAGGGACGGAGAAUAAAAAUUGA